CUUAAAACUUUCCAUGUCUAAAUGGACUCCUGAAUGUAAAAUAGUUUAUACUCUAAAAGCGGAUAUGAAGAGUGAAGUUCCUUCUGAUGCACCAAAGAGACAGGAGAGUCUGAAGGGGAUCCUCUUGAACCCUGAGCCUAUUGGGGCAGCCAAAAGCUUCACUGCAGAAGUUGAGAUGAUUGCCAGUAAAGUAGGGAAUGAGUUUUCUCACUUACGUGGUGAUUCUCAGAAGCAGAAGGACAUGAAUGGCAACCAUACAGACCAAGACAAAAGUAUUGUGGUGCGAAAAAAACGCAAGAGCCAGCAGGCUGGUCCUUCAUAUACUCAAAAUUGUCCUGAUAAAGAAAACCAAGGAAUCUUACGAUUAAGACGGCCUCUAGAAACACAGAGUGAAGACAAUGAUUCUUCUUUUAGUGACUGUAUCUCUUCACCUUCAUCUAGCCUACAUUUUGGAGAUUCUGACACAGUAACAUCUGAUGAAGAAAAAGAUGCUCCUGUAAGACAUCCUCAGGCAGUGUUGAAUACCACAAGUAGAACUCAUAGCGCAAGGUCCCAAAAAUGGCCUCGGACUGAGGCAGACACUGUACCUGGGUUAUUAAUGAAAAGGCCCUGUUUUCACAGCAGUUCUUUAAGAAGACUUCCAUAUAGGAAGAGAUUUGUGAAAACAAGUUCAUCACAGCGGACACAGAACCAAAAGGAACGAAUUUUAAUGCAGAGGAAAAAGCGGGAAGUGUUAGCUCGAAGAAAGUACGCUUUACUACCCAGCUCUAGCAGUUCCAGUGAGAAUGAUCUCAGUAGUGAAUCUUCUUCAAGUUCAUCUACUGAAGGGGAGGAAGACUUAUUUGUGUCACCUGGUGAAACCCACCAGAACAGUACAGCUGUUCCUUCAGGAAAUACUGAUGAAGAUGUUGUGGUGAUUGAAGCAUCCUCCACUCCCCAGGUCACUGCUAAUGAAGAAAUAAAUGUUACCUCAACAGAUAGUGAAGUGGAGAUUGUCACAGUUGGUGAAAGCUACAGGUCUCGUUCAACACUUGGACACACAAGAUCACACUGGGGGCAGAGCUCUAGUUCUCAGGCUGCACGACCUCAAGAGCAGCGGAACCGCAGUAGGAUUUCCACAGUCAUACAGCCACUGAGACAGAAUGCAGCUGAAGUAGUGGACCUUACAGUGGAUGAAGAUGAGCCGACCGUUGUGCCAACCACAUCAGCUAGAGUGGAGCCGCAGGUCGUGAGUUCUGCUUCCAGUAACAGUUCUAGUACGUCUACCUCAGAGCAGGCCUCUGAUGCAGCUCCAAACAUCUCCAACAGCCAGCCCUCUGCAGCACCAGAGACAACUUCCAGUCUUCCCAGUGGCGGCACUGCUGGCACUUCAGCUGGAGAUGAUGUAAGAAGAACUGCAUCUAAUACAACACUGGAAACUGGCCCUCCAGCCAUGCCAAGGUUACCAUCGUGCUGCCCUCAGCAUUCUCCUUGUGGAGGACCUUCACAGACUCAUCAUGCGCUGGGGCACCCGCAUACAAGCUGCUUCCAGCAGCAUGGCCACCACUUUCAACAUCACCACCACCACCACCACAACCCUCACCCAGCUGUUCCGCUAUCUCCUUCAUUCAGUGACUCCAGCUGCCCUGUUGAAAGGCCUCCUCCAGUGCCUGCACCUUGUGGAGCAAGCAGCAGUUCUGGCACCAGUUACCAUGACCAGCAGGCAUUGCCAGUAGACUUAAGCAGCAGUGGUAUAAGAAGUCAUGGAAGUGGUGCUUUUCAUGGAACAUCUGCUUUUGACCCCUGCUGUCCUGGCUCUUCAUCUCGAACUGCAAUUUAUGGGCAUCAGGCUGGUGCUGGCCCAAGCCAGUCAAUAACAAUAGACGGAUAUGGAUCCAGUAUGGUUGCGCAGCCGCAGCCUCAGCCUCCUCCUCAGGCAUCGCUCUCUUCCUGUCGGCAUUAUAUGCAUUCUCCUUAUGCUUCUUUGACCAGACCUCUUCACCAUCAAGCUUCUGCAUGUCCUCACUCUCAUGGAAAUCCUCCUCCACAGCCACAACCUCCACCUCAAGUAGAUUAUGUUAUCCCUCAUCCAGUGCAUCCGUUCCAUCCUUCAAUCUCCUCUCACGCGUCUUCUCAUCCUGUUCCACCUCCACCACCAACUCAUCCUUUAGCUAAUGCAGCCGCUCCAAUGCCACAGCAUCUUCCUGCAACACACCAGCCUAUAUCCCAUCACAUCCCUGCAACAGCACCACCAGCACAGAGGCUACAUCCUCAUGAAGUGAUCCAGAGGAUGGAGGUCCAGAGAAGAAGAAUGAUGCAACACCCAACACGUGCUCAUGAACGGCCUCCUCCGCAUCCUCACAGAAUGCAUCCCAAUUAUGGUCAUGGGCAUCACAUUCAUGUGCCUCAGACGAUGUCUUCCCAUCCUCGGCAAGCUCCAGAGAGAUCUGCCUGGGAACUGGGAAUCGAAGCUGGUGUGACUGCAGCUACUUACCCUCCAGGGCCGUUGCAUCCUCACUUGGCCCACUACCAUGCACCUCCUCGACUUCAUCACUUACAAAUAGGAGCUCUUCCUCUGAUGGUACCAGACAUGGCGGGCUACCCUCACAUCCGUUACAUUUCAUCGGGAUUGGAUGGAACAUCAUUCAGAGGCCCUUUCAGGGGCAAUUUUGAGGAGCUGAUUCACUUGGAGGAACGAUUAGGCAACGUUAAUCGUGGAGCAACACAGGGAACUAUAGAAAGAUGCACAUAUCCACAUAAAUACAAAAAGAGGAAACUGCACUGCAAACAAGAUGGGGAGGAAGGAACAGAAGAAGACACAGAGGAAAAGUGUACCAUCUGUUUGUCUAUACUGGAGGAAGGUGAAGACGUCAGGCGCCUUCCGUGUAUGCACCUUUUCCACCAAGUAUGUGUAGACCAGUGGUUGAUUACUAACAAGAAGUGCCCCAUUUGCAGAGUGGACAUUGAGGCUCAGCUGCCUAGUGAAAGUUGACACCGCUUUCCAGAACUCUUGUCCUCCCUCUGGCUCCCUCUCAUCCUUCCUGGUACUGCAGUCAACCAAAGAUGGCAUGACUUACCUGCGCAGAUUUGGAAGCAUUGAACCUAGAGUGCUGGCUCUGCUAUAUGGUACAACUAAUGCUAGACCUACGGUUUAUGUAGAAGACACUUGAGUUUCAGUGUAUUUAUAAAACUUUUUUUAGGUUUUGCAUUUUUUCUUUUAAUUCAUUACUGUAUUUUUGCAUGGUUUCUUGUAUUGCAUUUGUUUGCACAUAUUACGGGCUUUGUGACCCCAAACUUGCAGGCAAGAUUAGCUGCUUUAGUAAGUAGAGUUGUGUGGUCUCUCUUUUUGGUUUGUUUUACAUAGUAUCGAGCUUUGAAAGUAUGAUUUCACUCAUUACUAACCUUGGAUUCUUUAAUUUAAUCGAUCAAAUAUUUUAGUUUAAAUGUAUAAAGAUCAUCUAGAAAAUGAUAAUAUUAUGUAUUGAGACAUUCCUUAAUGAGGAAAAAAUGGCUGCUGUAUAUUUACAAUAUCAGUUCUGAGACAAAUAACAUCCUUAAUACUGGGAACAGAAUAUGAACUAUAUUCAGUUUGACUGAUACACAUAGCAUACUCAUCACCACAGUUUUUGUCUGAUCAGAUUUUUGUGUUCGUUUUGAAAAUUUCAGCACAAUGCAGAUAUAUUUGAAUGUCAAUAUUAAACAUUUAGACUGCUGUUCAAAUUGUAUUUAUCAUUUUCUUCCUAUGUCUAGAAAUUUGAAUCCCUAACUUAAAUAUUUGCUGCUGUGAAACAGCUCUAGUGAACACUAAAUGUUGAUUUCAGUUAGCUGGAUUGUAGAUACUUGCAGAUUGGAAGAAUUAUUAGGGAAAUGGAAAAAGAGCUUAGAAUCUGUUUGGUCUUCUGCUAACUUAAGUUGAAAUAUCUGCGUACAUUGAGGGGGUUUAUUGGUUUGUGGGUUUUGUUUUAUUUUAGGGUUUUUUUUUAACUAUAAAGCAAUCCAGUAAGGACUUAGAGCUGCAGGGGUUUUGGUUCUUGUUUGUUUGUUUGUUUGUUUGUUUUUUGGUAUUUAGUUUUUGUUUGGGGGGGUGGGGGGGUGGCAGAUACACAUGCAUUCGUAGAACUUCUAAGGAUUCCAGGCUUGUCUUGGGAUUUUUAUUAGUUUUAAAGUUAAUAAAGUUAGCUAAAUCCACUUGUCUCGUGUUUUAUUUUUCAUUAGUAAAUUGAAAGCCUGUAAAUUUCUGUAGAAACUGAGACACAAAGUAUGUGGUUACCUAGUUUUUGCCUUGAUGAUAGAUUCCCUCUUUAUAAAUUACCAACAGUCCAUCACUGAAAGAAAUAUUUUCUAUAGUUAAGAUUUGCUGCAUAAUAUAGUAUAUAGAAUUAAGUUAUAAUGUACUAACAUUUCCCCUUUGGAGGAGGUUUUAAUCCACAUCUGACUUGAAGCUCAUCAACAUUCUUUCACAUAUGAUAGAUUAUAGUUUAUUUAAAUGUGCUCAACAUUGCAAAAUGCAAAUGUGCAAAAACAUUGAGACAGUAUUGCUGUCACUUUGGAAAAGAUGUUCCUCGGGGAUCAUUAAUGAACAUGUCGAUAAGCUUGCAUUAAGCCACCUGCUUUGUAAGUGGAUUAAAUAAUAAAUACCUUCAGUUUCUCUUGUCUUUGUCUUUCAUAAUCAGAUUGUGUAAAAUGGUUUACAGUGAACCUAGAAGAUGAACUGUUAUGUUUACACUAAUAGUGAUCCAUUUAUAAAUAUUACCUUAUCUAAUUUGAUGCCUGGUUUUGUCUGGUUAAAGCUGCUUUUUUUUUUUUUUUUUUUUUUUUUAUUUUUUUUUUAGCAUUUGUCAGUGCAGUCUCUGUUGCUGGCAACAAACUUAACACCUCUGAGACUGAGGCUUGGAGAGAAAUUUUAUUCUAGCAUGUGUGAUGAUGAAUGAACAUUUUCAAGCUUAAUUGCAUUGCUAAAACUGAACUUAAAACCACUUUGUGCUUGUACAGUGGGGGAUAUGGGAGAGAGGCAAUAUGGGCUUCAACUGCUUCAAAACCUGACAUGGUUUUAGGCUAGAGCUUCUUGAACAUUGUGACCGUAGGAAACGGAAAGUGACUAUGAAGCUGAAGCUGCAUUGGUAGAAAUGGAUAAAAGCAACAGGAAGGCCUGAAAAGACACUUUCUGUUCUUUGGUGACUGUUGAAAAGGAGGGAAGUUAAUUGACCACUGAUGCUUGAAGUCUGAUGAUACUUACUUUUCAAAAUUUCCAAGAAGGCACUUGAGAGACAUGGAACAAAAAACCCAGGGCCUCUGAAAUAAUCGAGACCCUGGGUAUGUGAUAGAAUCUAUUUUGGUUUCCUUACAGGACAAAGAAGCAAAGAUUUGGGGGAUUUUGGGGGUUUUUUUUUUCUUCUUUUUUUUAAGGAAAUCUUUUGUUUGCCUGACUAGGGUGCCUGUACUAGAGGUAUUUUAGUGGUCCAUGAAUUGACUUGUUUUAUAACUGCUACUGGUAUUGUCUUGCUUUUAAAUAUAUGCCUAACAUUGUAAUGUGAUGUUGAAACUUAGGUAUUUGCCAGGAAUCACAGUGUUCUGAUCUUACAUGCUAUUGCAGGGGCUAAUAAAGCUGCAGCCUACUUCCAUUACAGCAAGUUGUGACUUGACCAUAAUUUAAGGGAAGGAAAAAGAAUAGGCUUUUGAUUUUGAAAAUUUCCACCACUUACUGUGCUUUAUAUGCUUAGAUGCAUUGCCUUAAGUUUUCUGCAGCAUCUUUGACUUUGAAGAUAAGAUUCUCAGCAGUAUGCAUCAAAGUACUUCUCAUAUAAAAUUCCAUUGUCGAAAGAAAUCCUUUUUGUAUGCAAUAAAUAAAAUGUGAGAGUGGUAUAAU